UGGAACAAAGUGAUAUGGAAAAUGAGUAUGUUGAUUUGGCCCGAGCACCUAAUAUGCAAAUUGAAGAUGAAAAUGAUUUUUUAGAUAGCGAUGACAGUAUUGGCCACAGACCUGCAAGGCAUGCUAGAAGUCGAGAUAUGACUAAAAGGCUGAUUGAUUCCAUGUUUGGAGAGGACGAUGUGUCCCAUGUUAGUGAUGAUGAAGAUUGGGGCCUGCCUAAAAUUAAGCAGAGAAAUAAAGGUGAGGCAAUUUCUUCCUCCUUAGCUAAACUCAUUAAAACUGCCUGCACCGCACUUUGUGACAGUGAUGAACUUUGUGAUAAAUAUCCUGUACCAGCUAACUGUGAGAAGUUGAAUCCUCCAAUGGUGAACAUGGAAAUUUGGAAGGUUAUGGAUAAACGUUCUCGGUCUCAUGACCGUCUAUUUCAGGAUAUUCAGUCGUUGUUAGCAGCUGGUAUGGUGCCCAUUAUUAAGCUGGCUAAGAUUUUGAUUACCUCUAUUUCUGCUAAACCACAGGCUAAACAGUUACUAUCUGAUUCUUUGUCAAUUCUUGGACAAGCACAGUAUAACAUUAGUAUCAGACGUAGAUAUUUGAUUCGUCCAUCAUUGAACAAGAGGUAUAAAAAUUUGUGUAACAUGUCUGUCCCUAUUUCAACCUCUCUUUUUGGUGACGAUAUUUCUAAAGAGAUUAAGCAUUGUGAAGUAGGGGUUAAUCUGGGAAAGGAUUAUAACGCACAGUAUAAUAGGAAUUCUUUCAGAGGUCGUUUUUCUAGAGCAAGGCAUUUUAACAGAGGAAGAAUGACACCUUAUCCACAGGUGCGGGGUGGUUAUUCCCAGAGAGCUCCCAUGAGGAAGGGAACAUUUAAGUCCGCCACUGUGACGGCACCCCCAAACGGGGAGAAAUAAGUUCGGUAGGUUGCCGCGUCACAAGGAUCUGAUGAUUAUGCCUCAAGAUUCCAGUACAGUGUGUCCAAUGGUCCAUUCUACAACUUUUGUCGCUCUUCAACUAUCAGCAGAUAUCUCCAGGGUAGAGGAUUACUUCCAGAAAUUGUUGCCAUCAUCCUUGGUUCCUGGAAACAAGGAACUCGUAAACAGUAUUCCAUGGCAUGGAAAAGAUGGCUGUUUUGGUGUUCACAGAAAUGUAAGAAUCCCCUUAAAGCAACUGAAAUGGAGGUAAUAUCGUUUUUAUAUUUUUUGCAUCUAGACAAGAAGUCAUAUUCGGUGCUGAAUUCUCACAAGGCUAUGUUAUUGCAGACUCUGUCAUUGUUAGGAAAUGAUUGGUGUGAUUCACCUAAUUUGAUUAAACGUUUUAUGAGAGGGAUUUUUAUUUUAAAACCGGCGUUACCGAGAUACAAGUUCACAUGGGAUGUGACAAUAGUUUUGAAAUUGCUUAGUACUUGGUAUCCUUUAGAAACUUUAAAUUUAAAGUUUUUAACUUUAAAAGUUACGGCACUUAUAGCGUUAGCAUGUGCUCCUAGAGCUCAGACAAUUAUGUCACUUGAUUUGAAUUAUAUGAAGGUACAUAAUUCUUAUUGUGUGUUUUAUUUCCCGAAUCUAUUGAAGACUUCAGUCGUGGGAAAAGAAAAUAAUUUUUGUGUUAAAUUUGAGCAUUUUAGGAAAGAAAGUUUGUGUGUAUAUCAUACAUUAUUAUAUUAUAUCAAAGUAACGGAACAGUUGAGACUAUCUGAUCAAUUAUUAAUUUCAUAUGUAACAUUUAAUGCAGUUACAUCAAGCACUAUUGCUAGAUGGCUAAAGACAGUGUUACAAUUGUCAGGCAUUGAUGUUGCCAUUUUUAAGGCCCAUUCUUUUCGUGGGGCCUCGGUAUCGGCAGCAGCAAGAAGUCAGAGAUGUUCAAUUAAAAAUAUCUUGAAUACAGCUGGUUGGAAAUCGGACAAUAACUUUUACAAGUUUUAUUAUAGACCUAUUAUUGAAAAUGAGGAUCUGUCUUUUUCUACAGCUGUUUUUUCC